AUGGUUUUUCGCCUAGAAAUGGAUGAUGGGAAAACAAUUUUGGCACCCAUCCCAAUCCAAAUGCUGGCCCCCGCCUUCUACACGACUGCCUCUGAAGUUGCGACCAUGGAGUUCGCUCGAGAUGCCCUCCAGAUACCCGUCCCUCGAAUAGUCGGGUGGAGUGCUACCUCCCAUAACCCGGUGGGAUCAGAAUAUAUCUUCAUGGAAGAAGCGACCGGAUCGCAGCUAACUACCCAGUGGGAUGAAUUGAAUCCAGAUGCGAAACGUGCAAUCAUGAGGGAGGUUGUGGCCAUCGAGACAAAGAUGCUGUCGGUAUCAUUUUCACAGUAUGUUCUCCUCCCUAAUUUUAAACACGCUAGUCCAAAUAUGGUAUAUCGGUCGAUCCCAUUGUUCCUAAAGUAG